UUUAAUUCCCUUCUCAAUUCUCAAGAUAAACAGGCUUGGGAGCACCUAAGCUUUAGAGGAGACAAGCUAACUUUUGUCGUUCCCCUUUAUUUCCUUUUAUUUCUCUCUCUUUCUCCUUUUCCUCUUCCCUCUGAUACUAUUGUUUAUAUUUUGGAGUAGCAGGGAAGGAAACAAGAAGGUAAACUAAAGAGCUCCUCCAUUGUGUAAUGGGAAAAAGAUAAUUAAAGAGCAAAGCAAAGGGAAAGCAAAUGACUUGGUGCAAUGACUGUAGUGAUGUACAAACUAUUGAGAGAAGCUCUCCUCCAUCUUCUCAUAAAACUGUUAUUGCUCAAAGGCACAAAGAUUGCCUACUCAGAGCAUGUCCUUCUUGCGGUCAUCAGAUCAAAUACCGUGAUCAGGGUGGAAUUCAUGAUUUGCCUGGAUUACCUGCUGGAGUGAAGUUUGAUCCAACAGAUCAAGAGCUUCUUGAACAUUUGGAAGGGAAGGUGCGCUCUGAUGCUCGCAAGCUUCAUCCUCUUAUUGAUGAAUUUAUCCCUACUAUUGAAGGAGAGAAUGGAAUUUGCUACACUCAUCCUGAGAAGUUGCCAGGAGUAAGCAAAGAUGGCCUGGUUCGCCACUUCUUCCACCGGCCCUCCAAGGCAUACACGACCGGGACUAGGAAAAGAAGAAAGGUUCACACCGACACAGAAGGCGGAGAGACCCGGUGGCACAAAACAGGCAAGACCAGGCCAGUUUUCAUUGGUGGAAAAGUUAAGGGGUACAAGAAGAUCUUGGUGCUUUACACCAACUAUGGGAAGCAAAGGAAACCCGAGAAAACCAAUUGGGUGAUGCACCAGUACCAUCUUGGCAACAAUGAAGAAGAGAAGGACGGUGAGCUUGUCAUUUCAAAAGUUUUCUACCAAACACAGCCUAGACAAUGUGGUUCAAUCAAGGACUCCCUAAAGUUGCAGAGUGGACAUGAAGCUUCUCAUCACCUUAAGAAUAAUAAUAACAAUGGGCUUGUCGAGUUCUAUAAUCCUUCUUUUAUUUCCUUUGAUCAAGGAGGCCAAAGCAGAACCAAUCCAACACAGCUACUUCCCCACUUUGCAGUCCAUGAUGGGUCUUUCAUUCCUUGAUAAAUACAAGGAUCAAUCAUGGGAGGUGAUACGUAGUAUAUAUGGAUCCCGGAGGCAAAAUCAAAUAAAGCAUUAAUUGGUGGCGUAUAAAUAUAAUAAAUUAAUAUAUAUAAUUAGCCAAAAGGUUGGGAAGAAUAAGGAAUGAUUUAAUAGCUAGUUGAAGAGGAGAAGAAACAUUCUUCAGGAUGGAAGAAUAUAUGAAGAUUUCGCCAUAACCACUAUUUUCCUUUUUUUCUAUGGCUAUUCCCUGUUCCUCUUCUAAUCGAUGCUUUGUACAGUGUAAACAACAAGCUGUAAAUGUGUUAUAUGCUUCAUCAAACUUUAAUACUGGAGAAGUUUAACUUUUGGAAACUGUACAAAGGUGUAGCAGUCUGAUAGGUUUUUAUUCAAUACUUUGUCCUUUAUAAUGUAUUUUGUACUUCUUCAAUUCCAUUUUAUAGGAGAUUAAUAUAAUUACGAGUAACCAAUUAAAUA